GCUACUUGGCUGGCUGAAAAUAAAUAAAUCUUUGCCUGAAUUUAGAAAAAAAAAAUUGCCGCCGAAAGUACAAAAUUGCAGUCUUCAGCCGCCAUAUUUUUUUGUGAAUACUUUGUUGCACAGUUAGAUAACGUUAACAGAAUCUAAAGUUUAAAAAUCUUUAAAACUCAAAAAAAUCUUCAUUUUUAUUAUUAUUAUUUCCUUAUUCAAAUUAAAAAUGGAAAUUUCCAACAAAAUACAAAAAAUAUUAACUCAAAGAAAGCUUGCGGAAGGAGCCCGCCAAAUUCAAGCAAAGAUUUCAACACAGAAUAAAGAUCUCAUAAAGGUUGAGGUGAACCGAGAUACGGCCUUGUGGCAGCGUGAACAAGAGUUGGCGGAGUUAAAGGGUCACCAUGAGCGUAUCCAACACAACAUGCUGGAGCUCCAGACCCAGUACGAAGCCCUGUCUGCACAAUACCAACAGGAACUACGAUACAGACCCGAGACUUUGAACAAGCUCGAUGGCACGCGCAAGAUUUGCGAACUGCUGGAAGGUUCCAUGGAGCAACUUAAUGAGAUGUAUGUCCAAGCUACGAAGGACCAGGCGAUGAUCAGCGACGUAUACAUGAAGGCGGACCUUCAGGUUCAAAAGCUAACGCAAAUGUGUGUUACCAAGAAGAACGAGGCGGAGCAGUGCAACCAGAAGCUCAGAUGCCAAGUGCGUGAAAUGAAAAAGCAUGAGAAUCAAAUAAUCGCAAUGUAUAACGACAGUCAGAAACGCGCGGAAACUGCGUUACAUGACACGUAUGAGUUGCAGACACAUAAUAAUGAAUUGCAGAGAAAAUGCAAGGAGAUGAAGCUUGAACUCGUCAAGGAGAACACUAAGUGUCAACAGCUGCAAGAAGAAAAAGAAAGAUUGAAUAAAGAAAUGAAUUAUCAACUAGAGACUAUUCAUUUGCAUGAGGAAGAAUUGGAAUCGCUGAAACAACGACUUUCAGAAUAUGACACUAAACUCCAUAAAGUAACAUUGGAACUGAGUAAUACAACAGAAUUAUAUCAAAAGAACAAUGAAAUAAUCGAAAAAUUGCAUGCACAAAAUAUGACACUAAGCAAAGAUAACUCUGACGUUGCCACAGCUUUUACUAAAUACAGAGAAGCUGCCGAAGAAGAAUUGAAAAAUCGAGCAAUUACUAUAGAGAAGACAAACAAUGACUUGGCACUUAAGGCCUCUGAAAUCAUAGAGAUGAAUAAGGAACUCCAAUCCGAAAAAGGAGAACGUGCCAAAUUGGAGGUACAGAUAGAAAAACAAAAAGAAAUAAUAACCGAUAUACAAUUAAAAUUUGAAAUGCAAACCACUACAGCUCUUAAAGAAAAAGAAGAACGCUGCAAACUAAAAACAGAAAUACAAAAGAAAACCGAAAUAAUAAAUGAAAUAAAAAUGGAAUUAGAAGAAAAAAGAUGCGCUCUUGACCAAGAGAAAGAAGAACGUAUUAAACUAGAUGCCACACUGCAGACACUGAAAAGGGAUUUUGAAAUUGAAUCGAAUACCGCAAAGGAAAACGAAAGGGAGCUCAAAAAAAGGGUGUCUGAAUUAGAAGCUAAGAUUAGGGCCAAAGAUGAAGAAAUUACUCGGGAACUGAAUAACUUCUUGAACAUAAGGAAUCAAUUAGAAAAAGAAAAAUAUAAUCUAAAUGAAACCAUCACUGGCCUGGAGAUGAGGAUAUGCAAUAUCAUGAAGGUGGCCUCCAAAACACCCGGCACCGGCUCACCGCCCGAGGUACCAGAUGACAACGCAGUGACGCUCACGCAACAGUCUCGCAACCAGCUCGCUGCAUACUCCGUGGUCCAGCCGCACCUAGGACCUUCCCGCAAACCCACGCUAGAACCGCCUGUUCCUGAGUUCGGCUUCUCAUUUCCUGAAUUCAGUAAUUCCAGCAUUACCAACGAUUAUCGUCCUUUUAUGAUUUUCGCGAAAUCCCCCGAAGAUCCCCAGCCUCCAAAACGGCCACGACGAGACUCCCCAGUGCGCGCCAAGCCCACAGAUACUAUUACAGCGGCCACAGAACGCCCUCUGGCUCUACCAAAAUCAAUGACAGCGGCAGCGCCCGAAACGAAAAGCAAGCAACGUCGGUUCUUUAAAUCUCGUACUUCAAAAAAUACUGAAAAUUGUGCCGGGAAGAAGAAGAAUAAAUAAGUGUCUUUAGAUUAUAAAAUUAGAGUUGUCCUACCAUAGGUCCUAGCAUUCUUUUUUAUGUUGUAUUUUGUUGAGCAGAGUCAGUGGAAAUGACUUGAGAUAUGCACGGGUUCUUGAAAUAAAGCACUCCAAAAGUA